CAACAACAAACCUUUGUUUCCACUUUUCUACACGACGUUAAUAGUAUAUUCGUAUGUUAUCGUAUUCGUCGUCGUAGUCUUACGAAAAAUUGACAGUCUAAUCAUUUAAUAUCGUGCAUCACUACUUUUUAAAAAUGCUAUACGUAUUCCUAGUUGACACUGGAACUACUCUGACGUUUGAUAUGAAUUUGGCUUUGGAUACGGUAGCUAAUCUUAAAGAAGUCGUUUACAAAGCCUCCAAAAUUGCUCCAGACAAACAAAUUCUUCUCAUCAGCGGAGGACAAGGCUUAGAUCCAUCACAUCGUGUAUGCAGUUAUUCUGCAGGCACUGAUACAAAUCCUAUAUUUCUCUUCUGCAAGUCAACCAUUGAAAGUGCUGUCCCACCUUCACCUAGUAUAGAUUUUGGCUCCGCUCACGACUUACGGCAUAAGGCAGAAGUUUGUCUGAAUGACAAGGAAACUACAUAUCAAACUGUGGUAGCCCGUGUUCAGUUAGCCCAGCAAUUUUAUGAAACUGGAAGAGAAAUCACACGAGUAUGUGAGCAACUAGUCCAUGAUCAACAUAUGCAGCAGCAAGGAUGGUCUGCUGUUGUUGCCAAUCUUGAAGAUGUUAUGACUGAUUUCAAAGGAAGGACCCAGCUUUUUGAACAGACAUACCAACAUUACCUUAGUAGUCGUGAAGAGUACCUGGAUAUUCUUAGUCAUUUCUGGGAUGACCUCAAUGCUUUGGCCAAUAUUCCAGUUUUGUCAUGUUUGCUCAAUAAGGCUGAGGAAAUGCCACUCCUUGACUGGGUUCAUUCAACUGACGAUGAAGACACAAACCUCAAUGUAGUUGCUGAUUCUUGCACGAAAGCCCUUGAACAAAUGGAUCACCAAUUGUUGCAAGCUCUGGAAAGAAACAUAAAGUCCGCUCUUUCUUCUGCUGAACGGCCAGAGAUGAAAGAAAUCAGGGGACUGGAGGAGCGGCUUUUCGGUCUUGAGCAGUUGUUGGUUGAAGCUAGAAAACAAGUCCAGGAGCAGUGUGAUAUAGCUCAAGCGCUUCUUCAGAACCAACAGAGAGCCCGAAAUUUUAAUGACGCUUCUAUUCUACCUGAAUUGUGUACAUCACAUCGUCAUCAGAUUAAGGUUAUGUUGAAGAAUGAUGAUAGACUUCGCGAUAUCCGAAGUCGUUGUAGCCGAGCUAAGGAAGAGUUGGGCAAAAAUCUACACGCCCGUCUUCGCUGGAUGAUGUUUGUUCAACGCCAACUGAAUGAAGUUCACGAACGAUUGAAUCUGCAAAAUGAAAAUUUACGUCGACUCCGCCGUCACUUUGAUUUACUUCGGCAACUGCAUCAAGCGCCAAGUAUUUAUCUUCGUUCCAUGGUCGAAAUCGUCAGACGAAAACACUUUGCCGCCAAAUUUAUUGAAUGGGCAGCGACUCUUUCUGGUUAUUCUGCGACGGUGCAUCAAGAUGAAUCGUCGUUGCGCAAGAGCUUUAUUGAAUCUUGCGAAGGGCACUUUCUGACCCAAUUGUUUCCUGGUAUUCUCGAACAGUUUACUCCAUCUUUUGCUACGUCACCUCCUUCCCCAUUUGAUGUUAAUUUACCAUCGGUUUCUAUUGAUGAUUUGGAACGCUUAAAAAACGCGCUGCCUACAUUAUGGGACAAAUUGAAAUUACCCAACAAUAUCAAGGACGUGCUGCGAGAUCCACCUAUUCUAGAACGUCUUUAUUCAUCAGCACAGAAGUUAACUCCAAUAGAACUCCAAGUUGAAACUAGCGUACUUCCGAGUCUUUCAGCCGCAUUACUUUCGCCUCCGGUUCGACCAAGUCGAUCCAAGGUUAAGCGUUCCCAAUCCGACUUCCAUUCUGAUUAUCACAUCGACGAUGCUUCCGAUUCCAUUAUUCGCUGUCGAGAUGAUGCUGGACUAGAACUUCAACAGCAAUUGGAGGAGACUGUCAAAGGCCAGCGUUGUCGAUUGCUGGCACUUCAAUCCCACUUGCAGUGCGCUCUAGAAGCUGGUCAAACUGCACUCCCAGUUUUUCGUUCAGAGUUGAACUCCAUUCGAAAAUUAACGAUUGAAUGGAGCCAAGUUGCCAACGAACAAUUAGCUCGUUUGCGAUUCGAAUUAAUUCAACAUAUUAGAGAGAUGUUCGCCUCUACAGAAAAAUCUUCAGAAAUCAUUUUGGAGGAAGUCAAGAGUCAAAACAAAAAAUUGGAUGAAGAAAAAUUUAAAUUGGAAGCAGAAUUAAAGUCUGUUCGAAUUGAACUUGAAGAUUGGAAGAAACAAUGCAGCCAAUGGCAGGAAGAAAAGAAAGAGCUUGUCGGUAGCGCUCAAUUUUGUCUACGACAGCGGGAAGAAGAGCUGGAGAAACAGAGAAUUGAACAGUUGCGCCAACAAAAAAUGAAAUACAAGCAGGAAAUUAACGCCUUAAAAGAAACGGUAAAAAGUACCGAAGAAAAGUGUAAAGCAAUUGUCAGCGAAUGGCAAGCCGUUUCCGAACAAGAGAAUCCAGAUGCAUUAAGGACAUGGAAACAGGAGCUGAUGCUUGGUCACGAAGUAGAACUCGAACAGUUAAAGUUGGAAAAAGAUUCGGAAUUAAGUGGCCUUCUGGAACUUCAGACCCAAAUGACGCUUCCAGACACUAACGAUUGGAAAGCAAAGUAUGAACAUUUGCUUAAAGAAAAUGAAACACAAAAACUUCAACUACAGGAGGAAUUGCAACGUAAACAUCGCUUAGAGAUUGAAGGACUUAGAUCACGAUUUCGCAUGAUGGCAAGCCAGUCCCCGUCGACGGAUUGUAGAUCAAGAUCCGAUUCUUUGGACAAAUUUGAAAUGCGGACAACCCCACCUGCCAGCCCGUGCAAUCUAGUGAGAACUAAGCGAGUAUCGGAGAGUCAUUCGGACGAACUGUUGCUACCCUUAGUAGAGAAGUUGAAGCAAGAGAAGGACAAGUUAUCUACGCUUGUCGAAAGCUAUACAACCCACUACAAGACGAGCAACACCAAGCCUACAAAAUGGGAAGCAACGCUUUCUGAAGCGUUAAAAGAAUCGAAUCAGAUGAUGCAGAGCGUUGGUUCAAGAGUAGAUCAACUUCGCCAAGAAAGUGUUAAUCUCUCAAGCAAACCUCCUCUUCCAUUUACCACAUCCAUAUCCCAGAUUAGUUCGGUGAACAUGGCAGCUAGUGUGGCAGUUUUGCAGUCGGAUGAUAAAUCGUCACCAAGCCCAUUACUUCCUCCAAAAUCUUCUUUAAAAAAGAAACCAAUGAGUAAAAUGACUAGGUCGCUUGUCAGACAAGGUUCGGCUAAUGUUUACGGUUGCGAAGUGGGAGAUGCAGUAGUUGUACAAUGGGAUGAACGAUAUUCAACUCAUAUUUUGUACAAUAAAGGACCGUAUCUCCAUUUUUUGCAUGCCGAUUCAAUAUCCUCGCUCGGAUUACAGAACGUGACGAUGGAGCCGUUUUUGGCUCGUGUUAUUCAAAGGGAGUUCUGCCUGGUCCGGAAGGAAGAAAAUCGUUACAAUCUUCCAAAAGGAACAAACUUUUAUCGUGUGAAAGUGGACCGAAUAAAUAGUACCUCUUAAGUCUGGACUGGUUGGACUUCGACAAUCAAGUUUUUCAAAAACAAUUACAAAGUCAACGAAAUAUUUUGUGCGUGUUUGUGUUUCUUUUUAGGUUGGGCAUUAAAUUGAAAACACAAUUAAUAAUACACAUUUACAGUAAA